GAUGCCAUCCCGCCGAGUUCGGUCUCCUUACUUCUCCUCCGUGUUACUAAACUACAGCCAGCAUUUCGUCAAUGGAUACCGUAUUCCGUUAUCUACGAAGGUACAAUAGAACAAAGGAAAAAAACAAGUCUACACAAGAACCUCUCACUAGCACCUCUUCUGUCUUAACUUGGAAGCCAUUUGGACAUAGCUGACAAAUGCACUUAGCAGUAAGGAAGAAGCAAGAGGUACUUGUGUCUACAACUCCCAGAAAUGCAGCUCUCCCCAGAGUUCCGUGGUCAGUUCGUGAGAGUGAAAUUGGAACCACCUGAUGUUGCAUGUCUGCCAGAAGAGGGCCAGGUACAGCAACAACACUCCAGCGAGUAUCCAUCAGGAGGUGAUGCCUAUGGAUCGAUGGCUGGGACGUGCCACAUUAAUGGAGAAUCUCGAGAGGAAUCUUCAAAUGAACAUCCAAUCAUAGAAAUCAAAACAGAAGCUUAUAAUAUUGCAAUCAUGGUGGAACAGGACCAGAUGGGACACAGCUGUGAGUCAAUAUCAGAAGGCCGGCUUUAUCUCUCUCUCGAUCUCUCUUGCAUAACAACACCCAGUGCGAAUGACUGUCAUCACGCAAACCGUCCGCAACACCGCCGUAGACAUCUUCCUCCACUCCCAGGAAACCUGUGCUUGGCGAAAGUACGACUUGUGGCUGAACAGGAGGGAGGAGCUCCAGAAAGUACUGGUUUCCUCCACAUUAAGGACCAGCCCAGAGGCACUUGUGAUCAAGAAUCUUCAGGAUGCACUUCUUCAAACACACGGCUCGAGAUCAGCGCAGUAGCCAUUGAACCACAAUUCGACAACCCUUCCCUAGUUACAGCGAACGGUCGACACACCGAGCGACUUGCAGAGCAGAGCAAGCAAUGUGUACUUCCAUACACGUCGAAAGACAGUUUAAAACCCCACAUGGUUGCACAGUGCUACGAGUCUGAAAUGUGUCCCACUACUCCACCGGAUGUUGAGAUGAGAGAGCAGGGUUUUAAGUAUGACGUCUGCCCCUCUGCAUUCUUGCGAUCUGGGAGUAACGAGAGCCACAUGUUCAAGCGCACUGAUGACAAGUUCGAUCUCAGUCUUGCACAGACCACGAGCCUGUGGUGUCCCAGGCGAAUACAUACGGGCGAGAAGCCACACAAAAGUCAGCUCUGCCCUGCAAAGUUUGGCCACAUUGCGCACCUGCGUCAUUACAAGCGAGCACAUACUAUAGAAAAGCCAUACAAGUGUGACGCCUGCCCGGCAGAGUUCAGCCGGAGCAAGAGCCUAUCGAAUCACAAGCGGAAACACACCAAGCCCCACGAGUGCAAUCUCUGCCCUGCAGCUUUCAGCCGGAGGGCGGACCUAGAGCACCACAAGCAAACACACACAGGCCGAAAGCCAUACAAGUGCGAUGUCUGCCCUGCGGAGUUCAGUCAGAGAGGGAACCUGCAGAAGCACAAACGGACACACACGGGCGAGAAGCCAUACAAGUGCGAUGUCUGCCCUGCGGACUUCAUCCAGAAAGGGAACCUACAGCGACACAUGCGGACACACACAGACGAGAAACCAUACAAAUGCGAUGUCUGCCUUGCUGAGUUCAAAGAAAACACGAGCUUGUUGGAUCACAAGCGGACACACACAGGCGAGAGGCCCUAUAAGUGUAAUCUUUGCCCUGCUGCUUUCAGCCGGAGAGCGGGCCUAUGGCAUCACAAGCGAACACACACAGGCGAGAAGCCAUACAAGUGUGAUGUCUGCCAUGCGGAGUUCAGCCAGAGCGGGAACCUACAGCAGCACAAGCGGACACACACAGGUGAGAAGCCAUAUAAGUGUGAUGCCUGCCCUGCUCAGUUCAGCCAGAGCAUGCACCUGUCGGAUCACAAGAGGAGACACACAGGUGAGAAACCACACAAGUGCAGUCUCUGCCCUGCAGCUUUCAGCUGGAGAGUGGACCUACAGCAUCACAAGCGAACACAUACAGGCGAGAAGCCAUACAAGUGCGAGGUCUGCCCUGCAAAGUUCAGUCAGAGAACGAACCUACAGCAGCACAAGCGGACACAUACAGGUGAGAAGCCAUACAAGUGCGAUGUCUGCCCUGCAAAGUUCAUUCAGAAAGGGAACCUACAACGGCACAUGCGGACACACAUGGGUGAGAAAUCGUACAAGUGUGAUGCCUGCCCUGCGGAGUUCAGUCAGAAAGGGACUCUACAUGAUCACAAGCUGACACACACGGGCAAGAAGCCUUACAAUGCGAUGGACAGUGCAAGGUCUGCCUUACGGAGUUGAGCCAGGGCCAGACCCUACAGGAUCACAAUUGGACACACAAGGAUGAGGAGCCAUGCAAGUACGAUGUCUGCCCUGCUGAGUUCAGCCAAAGCAGGACUCUACAGGAUCACAAUCUGAUACAAUCAGGCGAGAAGCUGUACAAUGCGAUGGACAGUGCAAUGUCUGCUUUGCGGAGUUCAGCAGGAGCGGGACCCUACGGGAUCACAAUCGGACACACAAGGACGAGGAGCCAUACGACAAUUAAUGUGAAUAAAGCAGAAAUUUCUCAUCGAAGUGA